AUGCUGCCACCAGGCACCAAUGAGAAAGGUGCUCUGAAUUUGAAGCUCAUCAACACCCUGCUGGGCCCGCGUGUGUCGCAGGCUUGCGAUCGAUGCCGUUCCAGAAAGGUCAAGUGCGAUGGGGUCCAGCCUCUGUGUGGGAAUUGCACUAAAGCCGGCUUGGAAUGUAAAAUUCUGGAUAAGCUCAGCCGGCGGGCCUUUCCCAAAGGAUACACGGAAAAUCUUGAAAAACGUGUUCGUGAGUUGGAAAACGAGUUACGCAUCGCCAGAGAAGGAAGCAACCAUGAGUCGAAAGAUGUUCCCAAUACCCACCCUCAAGAACGCGUCCCUAACGUCCCGGCAAACCCUAUUGAUCAAAUAUUCAACUUGGACAACAAGGGGGUCAUCAUUGGCAAUGACAACUUGAACUUUGAGCUGCAGUUCAACCACUUGCUCAUAAAUUUAAAUCUACCAUUUUUGAAAAUUACCAACAGUCACAACUACCUUGUUAAUGAUCCAAAUCUGUUCUUGUAUCAUCCACUGUUUUCAGAUUACAAUGAAUUCCAGAACCGUGACUUGGCAAUGAUUUAUAACCCGAUUGCUGGUGGUGAUCAAACCAUGCCUCGUGACGUCUACCAACUUUUCAUCCAGUUGGUCAACAACUUCAAAACUUUAUUCGCCAAUAAGCGUGAGCUAGAUAAUCAGAUCAAAAUGUUCUUUUUGCAUUACAAUGUUUUCAUCCCGAUCUUUGAUUUUCAGCAAUUUUGGAAUGCCUAUGAGCAAUUUCACACAAUGUAUCCGUUUAUGUUCACCUAUGACGAUUCUACUUUAAAUGGAUUUAAUUUGGGGCGCAAUGACUAUACGGUGGUGAACCAAUAUUUCGUGAUCGUCGUUCAAAUCUAUGCCAUGUUGAUGAUUAAUGAUCCAACGAUCAACCUCAACUUACUUUUGAAUCAUGCCGAACCAAGGUACAGUCUUAAAAAAGGCCCCGGCGAGCUGGUUGUAAAGCUGUUGUACGAUUUCUUGCCAUAUUUCAACGUUUUCAAUGUUCUGAGAGAUCAACUUCAAGUCUACUUAAUUUUUUUGUAUUACUCGUUAUUGACAAAUAACAAGGAGAAGCUGCUGGUAUUAGCUGGGAUGGUAAAUCUGUUUAUCGGUAUCUUGGGUGUCAACUUAAACUCCAAGAAUUUGUUUUUCAAUGAUCUUAGCUUGCCGAUGGCCGAGCGAACUAAUAGAGUCAAAAAUUUUUGGGCCUUCAAGAUUUUACUCAAAUGUUUUAACCUCAAGUUUGGUUUCAAGCCCAGUUUAAACACAACGGUCAUCAACCCUGUUACAAUUGAUCGUUACUUUCAAUUGACACCUGAAAAACUUCUGAGUUUACUUAAUGGUGAUGAUCUGUUGUUUGACACUCUCUUGAAACCACUGGUUGAGUUUUUGAACUUGAUGAAUAUUGUCAUUCCGCUGUCAUUCUCCCCAAACUACUAUCAAUAUUUGAAGAAGAAAGACCCUAAUAAAAAGCGAGACCACCCGAAGCAUUUGGACUGGAUUUUGAAUGACGAUGAUGGGGAUGGGAACGAUGGGAAUUUGAACUAUAAUUUUAAUCAGUUUUUGGUCAUUGACAAAAACUUACGUGAGUGGCGACAAGGAUUAAAGGAUGAAAGAAUUUCGUUAAGGCCAUUGAGCAAUGGAAUGAAGCUCCCCAUUUCUACGGCGGCACUGAACGACUUGUAUCAUGAUUUGAUCGACAAGGAGGUGAACUACAGCACCGUUGGUAUACCACAGGAAGGAUUGGUUGAAUUUUACAAAAGUGGGCUACCCGAUGCACACAUGGCGCUGCAAUUAAUCAAAAUCCAACUCAACUUCCACUACUCAUUGAUCAGAAGCAUGAAUUAUCUUAAUUUUAUCGUCGAUAAGGAACUCACUCCUGAACAUUACAGCACUAUAAGUGAGAUUCUGAGUGAAGUUUUGAAUUACUUCGUUCUCUUCUUCAGACAUGUGGCAGAACUGGAGGUUGUACUGCACAAACGGAGUAACCCUGUUAUGGAACUGCUUGGAUUGGAUGUGGAUGAAGAUGGAUUUGUUAUAAAUGACUUUAGUGUCAAGAGAAGGCGCGUUCAACAACCGAAAAAGGCUACCCUUUUAAAGGAAAUCCCUGCUCUGCCAUUUAAUGCCUUAUUCAACAGUCUUCUGAUGACUAUUAUCAAUUUGAAGAAGCUGAUCAUUUUACAGAUGUUGUAUUUGCUUAUUUGCAUACUAAAGUUUUACAAAAGAGGAGAAUAUGGUAACAUACCGAAUUUUGUCGAUCUAUUAAGAAAUAGUGUCCAGCUUUUUUUCCGGGUUUUCAUCAAUUACAAACCUGAGCUCUCGAGGAGACCGAAAGACGCUCAGAUAUUCGUCAAAUUAUUGAAUGAUCUGUUGAAAGAAGAUAUAUUGAAAGAUGACGAAGAGGAAGACGAGGACGAUUAUUACAGUCUGAUUGACUGGGAUCAUGAGGAGUUAGAUGAGGACAUCAAGAUCUUGCGGAUUCUCAAAACUAUACAAUACAAAAGCGAGCGCAUCCUCGAGAAGACUCAAGCAAAGCGUCAAUUACCACUCCCAAAAACAUACUCCUUACUGAAGAUACCAAGUAUACUGAGUUUUCUACUUGAUGAUGGCGACGAGAUCGCGAAGAAGGAAAAGCUAGUUAUUAAUGACCUUUUGAGUAUGAGUCGUGGCGAUUGGCACCAAUAG